UCUGAACAAACUGAUUAACGACGUUACCCAAGCAACCGUCAGUUUAAAAGAAAAUGACUAACGUUAAGUUGGAAUUGAAAUAGUUCUUGUGAUCUGCUAACACGUUGCGGUAGCUGAUAGUUACCUUGGUAACCUAUUUUGUUUAUUAUAAGCAAAACAACAAUGAUUUGUUAAUACCUGACUGGGAAAAUCCAUCACCGACUCUUCCCCCAGUGGUGUGGGAUAGCUGAGCACGCCGGACAGAGGAGGCAGGACAGCCAGUCUCGGGGAGCCCCGUUUUCUUAUCUUGGAUCGAAAGCACUAGCUAGCUAACGAAAUGAACGCGCUUUUUGGCCGCUUUCACAACUUCAUCCUCCCGUUAGUGCGAGGGGCGGACGGUGUCUGCGCAUGCACCUGUGGAAGGCGUCAAGUCUAUCAUGUUAUUUCAUAUAAUGGGGCCCAGUCCAUGAUGGAUUCCAUAGAAAACUACGUUGUAAGUGACAUCAUGGCCCGGCAGGAGAUUAAUCUGAUAGUUGGACUGCUCUUGGGCCUCUGCAUCAGUUUGUUCUUGCAGUGGCUGCUCGGAGUUUGCCACUCACAGCUCAAAUACUGGAUUUCAAACCAAAUGAAAGAUGUGGAUUUCUGGUCAUGGAUGCCCAAAUUAAGUAACACAAGGGAGUUGUUCAGGCAGUUACAUCCAAAACACACAGAGGACUCCGGGGGGGAACAUGUUGCAUCUUGAGCAAGAUGUGCACCAUGAUGUUAAUGACCCAUCAAGAUAAAAAUGUGGAUUCAAUUCA